UAUUAAUUUUGGCAUUUUUUUCACAAUAGGUUUUAUAAACUGCGUAUCUUGGUUUUUUUUUUUAUUGUGAUAUACAUAUGGGAAAAGGGCACUCUCAAAUUAUCGGUCUUUGGACAGAAAGUUAGAAAAAAAAGGAAAACUGUGAUUAAAACUUUUUCAAAAAAAAGGUGCUUAAAAAACAUUAAUGUUUUUUUAUGAUCAAGAAAAAUCGCCAUUUUCAAGGUAAAUCGAAUGGCAGUUCUUGCGGCAAGAAAUAAAUGAGAUAACCUCUACCCAGCGCUUCUAUAUAUAUUCAGUGUUCUUUAUUAGAAAAAAAAAAAGUGAAAUAAGGAAGUGAUUCAGAAACAUCUGCUUAUUCAAGUUUAAUUUACAUUGUUUUCGGGAAAAAUAGCCAAAAAUUUUUGUAAAAACAACCAUCAUGGCAACCUAGUUUUUUUUUUUUUUUUAAUAGUGAUUGAGAAGAUUGAUUUGGAAAUCGUCUUAUGAAAUCCCAACGUUUUUACACAAGUCUGCUAAUCCAUUUUUGAUCGAACAUCAUGAGUUCUGGAAGACCAAUUAAAUGUGUUGUUGUGGGUGAUGGAACUGUUGGAAAAACUUGUAUGUUAAUAUCUUACACAACAGACAGUUUUCCCGGGGAAUAUGUGCCUACAGUAUUUGACAAUUAUUCUGCUCCUAUGGUGGUGGAUGGAAUUCCAGUGAGUUUAGGAUUAUGGGAUACUGCAGGACAAGAGGAUUAUGAUAGAUUGCGUCCCCUUUCAUAUCCUCAGACAGACGUUUUUCUUAUUUGCUUCUCGGUGACAAGUCCUUCUUCCUUUGAGAAUGUGACUAGUAAAUGGUAUCCUGAAAUUAAACAUCAUUGUCCUGAUGCGCCAAUGAUACUUGUUGGAACAAAAAUUGACUUGCGAGAUGAUCGUGAAACACUCACUGCACUCGCCGAACAAGGACUCAGUGCUAUUAAACGUGAACAGGGACAGAAACUUGCGAAUAAGAUAAGAGCUGUUAAAUACAUGGAAUGUUCAGCACUCACGCAACGUGGAUUAAAACAAGUUUUUGACGAGGCAGUUCGCGCUGUAUUACGACCCGAACCACAAAAACGUCGUCAACGAAGGUGCACAUUAUUGUAAGCAUGAAGAAAAAACACUGACCAGACAAAAUAAAGUAGGUAAAGAUGAAAACAAACAAAAAAAAGAAGGUAUAAACACAUCAUCGAAGAAUCUAGACUUUACACAUCAUUUAACAAGUUCGAUGAAUUCACAUAAUUUCUAUCUAUUUUCUUUUCAUUUCACUCAUAAUUCAACUUUCUCGCACCAUUAUUUUUCUUCUUUCACAAUUUUUCCAUACUUAAAAUUAAGAUUAUACGAAGUGCUUGUUUAAAAAAAAAAAAAUUCUCAUCAUCGUGCCAUAUUUAUCGAGAAAAAAAAUGGCAAUUCUACUUAAUGGUGCAUAUUUAGAAUGAUAAUUGAAAUUUAAUGAACAAAAAACUAGUUUCAUGAAAACAGAAAUCUAUGAGAAAAAAAAAAUAUAUAUAUAUAUAUAUCGAGUAGAAUUGUGGUCAAUAGUAAAGCUUUAAACUCACUUAGAGUGCCAGUUCGAAUAUUUAAUUUCUGUUUAAAGAAAAAACAAAAAAGCCACAUUUAUUAAAUAUUUAAUUCAUGUACAAUUAGAAAUAUAAAGUUUCAAGCAUUUUAAUUAGAAGUUUACAAAAUAUAGAGCAAUAGUUCGUAUAUUAUAAAUUGUGUGCCAUAGGAAAGAAAAUUUGUUUUUUCAGAAUGUGUCAGUUCUUGAUAGGGAAAAAAGAAAGAAAAAAACAAAGUUGCAUGAAUAUUUCUUACAAAAACAAUUUUUUUUUUGGUUUCUAUUUAACAGACUUUCUUAAUAAUAAGAAAUUAUUAUAAAAAUAAAAUAUAAAAAUAUAUAAUAAUAAUAAUAUUAUUAUUAUUAUUAAUUAUUAUUUUUCGAAUUUUUAAUUUACAGAAUUUUUACUUAGGCGAUUUUUUAAAUAACAAAUUAAUAAGCUAGAAAUUCGGCUGAAUAAAAAUUCAGGUAAUUGAAAAUUUUCUAAAAUAGAAAUUUCGAUAAAUUAAAAAUAAAAAUUUUGAUAAUAAAAAAAUAAAAAUAUUUAAAUAAAAAUUAAAUUAAAAAUUUAAUUGUAUAAAAUUUCAGUUAAAUAUUUGUUACAUUAUAAAUUUCAAUCUACUCGAAAUUUAAUGUAAAUGAAUUUAGGAAAUAUUUAUGCAUCUUAUAUUAAAAUCAAGUACAUAUGUUUCAAUAUGUACGAUUUUACGCUCAAAGAGGUUUUUACUUUAUAUUAUAAAUAAAUAUAUGUAUAUCAUAUAAACAGUUAAUUUUUUGAAUACAAGCAGUACUGCCAUAUAUUUAAAAUAAUGCUUAAAUACGAGACGAACUGAUUUUUAUACGUAAUUAAAAGACUUCGUAAAUACUUUUCAGUAUCUAUACUAUAUACAUUUUUUUUUAAGAAUUCUUAAUGUCAUUUGGGCACAUCGAUAUAACUUGACUUGUAAUCGAAUCAUUCUUUCUAAUAUUUGUUCGAUUACUGUUCAAUUUAUUGUUCUUUUUUUUCUAUUUUUUAAAAAUAUUUUAAUGUCUAGAAUUUUUACAAAUAAAAUUCCAAAAUGGCAAAUAACGAAAUGAAUAGGGUGAUUAAAACAAGAAACGAGACAAGAAUUUAGAAAGUAAUAAUCGCAAAUGUAAAUUUUGUCUGGCAAAGAUUAUUUCUUAUUGAUCUGUGCUUAAAAAAAAAACAGAAAAUUUAGUCCUUUUUUUUAGGAUAACAAAUAAUAAUAAGAAAAAUCAUUUUGCCAUUGAAUUUAUUCUCGUCUUCGUUUUUCUUUUCUUAAAUAAUAAGUCAAUUUCUUCGAAGUAAAAGAGAAGACAAACGAAAAAUUUCGUGGCCUAAUAUUGUACACAGAAAAGGUGCUUCUUUAAAUAUUUAUUUUUAUUUAUUUAUUUUAAUAUAUAAUAUAUAUUUAUUAUUUAAUUUUACUAAUUUUCUCGUUUUAAUAAAUCACUUUUUUGCAAAGGACCAAACAAAAAAAAAAACGAAAACGAGAAUUAAAUCUGUGACUGAAAUAUUCUUUUUCAUGAUUCCAUUAUUUCUAAAUAUUGAUGAAAUGGAACAUUUUUGAGCUCUUUGAAGAAGUUUUUUCCCAACAAAAUGAAAAAUAUGAAAGUAGAGAAACGAAUUAAUAUUUUUGCGAUUUUUAACGAAUUUAUUUCACGAGCCACUAAUAAAAAAAAAAAAAAAAAAAAUGAAAGAAAAACGGUGUAUAAAACUUACCUCAUUAAGUUAAACAAGGAAUAAUCAAAAGAAAGAUAUCUACUCUAUGUGUAUGAUACGAUUAAAAAAAAAAAAAAAAUGAGAGGAGAAAAAGGAAAAGGAACAAAGUCUCUCGAGACUAGAAAAUCACGAAAUAUACCUAUUUUUAAAUCAAGUUAUUUUUCAAAUUAAAAUAUAAAGAUUUCGAAUUUUUUUUUCACUAAUAAUAAUUAAUAUCAUAUAUAUACUCUACGAUUUUUUUUCUAUUCAUAAAAUUAUAAUAAUAAUAAAAAAAACUAAUUUUUCCCCAUUUUUUGAAUAAAAAACAAGAUUACAUUUUUAAAAUAUCAAAUUUUUUCACAUAAAAAAAAAAACAAUAUUUUUUUUAAUGUGAAAAAAUAUUGCAAUUAUAUCUAGAAGAAGAAUACGAGAAUUAAUUUUUAUAAAUUAUUCCAAAUGACUAUCUUUAAAUGUGUCUAAAGUAAAAUAAAUAAGAGUAAAAAUAUUUAACAACAAAAAAGGGGGGAGAAAAAAAACGAACUCGUUACAGCUUGCUAAAUGUAUAUACUGUAGAAUAAAAACUAAUUUCAAUUUGAAAACAAAAAAAUGCCUUGCAGCUAGUCUCAAUUAUCAAUUUUUGUGAGUUUUCAAUCCAUUAACAUUGUUGCAAACUAAUUGUUAAUUUUUAAAUAAUUUUAUUUAUAUUCAUUAAAUUAUUAUAUAUAGGAUUCAAAGAAAAUAAAUUUUUACUAAAAAAUUUUUUAUCUCUUUUUAAAAAUAACAAUUUAAGAGCAAAUAAAUUUGAUAUCUUUUUUAAAAAUUGUAAAUUGAUUUGCAAUUUUUUUUUUAAUUUUUAUUUAAUUUAAUUUUUUUUUAUUGUAAAACGUCUUUUGGUUUGAAAUGAUGUCAAUGUGAAUGAAACUUUCUUAAAUGACAAUUUUUUCAUUUUUCUUACAGAUUUAAAGAAAGUCUUAAUUUUUUUUUUUUUUUUUUUUAUGUAAUUUAUAAUAACAAGAACUAGGCCUUUAUGCAAUUAGAUAAUCAAUAUUAUGAAAAAUAGAUCACAUAGAAUGUGCAUACAAUGGUAUUCUGGAACGAGAGAAUAAUCUUUGGUGCUUUUAUAUGUGACAAAUUUGUUUUUUGCACAAUUUUGAACACCAAAUUUUUGAUAUUUUUUGAUAAUUCGAGUUUUUUUUCAAUUUUUUUACUGCGUAAAUUUAAAACAAAUCAAUUUUUGAUUUUUUCGAAAAAAAAUUGAAUUAAUUAAAAUUAAAUUUUAAAAAUAUCCUAUUCAAAAUUGUUUAAUUGAAUUGACUAAAAUUAUAUUUAAUAAAUAAUAUAGGUAAUUUACAGAAUCUAUAAUAUAUAUAUUCAAGAAAUAUUUAUUAUGUAUUUUUCAAAAUUUUAUAUUUUACGCAGUAAAAAAAUUUAAAUCUUCUUUAAAAAUCCACAUAUUUUUGAAUGUUGAAUCUGAAUUUUGGUUUGAAAUUCUAAAAAAAAAUUGUUUAUUAAACUUUUUAAUUUAAUAACUUAAAAUAAAUUCAUAACGUAUGAUACAGAUUUUUUUUACUAAUAGAAUUAUUAAAAAUAAAAUAUUAAAACAAAAUUGAAUUCUACUUAUGGAAAUUAAAACAAAAAUUUAUUGUAUUUUUUGUAAUUUUCUUUACUUUCUCUUAUUUUCAAUUUAUUUUAAUUUUUUUUUUUUUUUAAAAACCAAAUUCAGAAUCAAACUUACUUUUUUUUGUUAUUUAUUAACAAAAUGAUGAGUUUAAGAUAAUUGCGCUACAGCGUACAGAACAGUUUUGUAUCAUAUUAGUAGUUAAUAUAUCACAUGCGUGUUGCAUUUAUUGUAUAUUAUUAAAAAAAAAAGAAAGAAAAAUAGUGCAUUUAUUCAAUAACUUUUUGAAUAAUCACAUUCACAAUUUUUACAGUCGAUCAUUUUAAGAGAGCUAUUGUGUAAUUAUUAUAAUUUUUUGGUACCACAAGAAGGUUUGUGACAGCAGCUAAAAAUAGUUUAAGAAUAUAGUAGUUGUACAAUAUUCAAAUGAAGCCUAAGAAUAUUUUAAUUUAUUUAACAAAAAAAAAAAAAAAAAUAAUAAUAAAUAAAUGAGGGUGGUAAAAAUGAAGAAACGAAAGUGAAAUCGAGCUUUGAAGCCAUAAUAUAUCCAUAAUUAUUCCAAUUUUUUUUCAGUGUGUAAUACAUUUUUUUUUUCUUCUUAAUCAGAAUUGUAUAGGCAUUUUUAAAAAAAAGGAGUUUGAUUAUAAAGAACUUGAAAUUUUUAAAUGAAGAAUUUACGUGGAAAAUUUAAAUUAAUUAAUUUAUUAAAAAUGAAACAAUUUCGAUUUUUUUAAUAAAUUAUUAUAAUUUAUUUUGAAAAUUGUUUAAUUAGUCAAAAAUUAUAAGUAAAUUAAUUAAUUUUAAUUUUAAUCGAAGAUAAAUGUCAAUAAAAUAAAAAAAAUUUCAAGUUUAAAUAUAAUAUUGUUAAGCCAUAAACCAUUUAUCGAUAACUAGCACAAAUUUCCAUUUUUAUAAUUUUAUUUCUUUUUAAUUAGCGUUUUUGAGAGCACAAAAUGUUUAUUGAUUUUGAAUUUUCAUGGUUAAAAAAAAGAGGUGUGAAUUUUGAUAUUUGACUGAUAUUUUUUUUUCUUUUUUUUUGCUUCUGUAGAUUUAUUUAUAGAAAUAUAUUUGGAAGUGUGUGUCAGCUAACGUGUUAAAAUGUAAAUAAGAAAAAUAAUAAAAGGCUUAGGAGUCAAUGCGAUAUUGAAAAGGAAUUGCCAGUAGCUGUCUUUUAAGAAAAAAAAAAAAAAAAAAAAAAGUUUUAAAGAAAUAAAAAAAAAAAAUUAUAUAGAAAGCAAAAGAAAUUAAUUUGUUUCGUGAAAAAUUAACAUGAUAUUGCUUUAAACCAAAGUUUGCAUGCCUAUAUAUCACAAUAAAAUUAUUAUUAUUGUGACAUUUACGAAUUUCACUGCGUAAUAUUGCAAAUAAUUCCACAAUGAAUUUAAUCAAUUGUAAAAUAUUCUAGUCAGCGUGAAUCUGCUUUUCAAGUUUUAUUUGCAAUGAAAAAAAAAAAUAAAAUUAUUUUGUAUCUUUAUAAUAAUUAUAAGAAAGUCGUGAGAACCUCAAUUGUCAACACGCGACAAAUUUUAUUAUUAAUAUUAUUAUUAUUAUUUUAUUAUUAUUACGAUUAUUAUUAUUAUUAUUAUUAUUAUUAUAAAGCGAGGCUAUACUUUUUCUUCGAAAAAAAAAAAAUCACUGUAAAUUGUUCGGGGAUUAUUAUUUCAGUAGAAUGUAUGAUUGUAUAGUACGACAUGAUAACAACGAUAUUUUUCAUUAUUAUUUCACGAUAUUCGAUUUUGUAUUUUGAAACAAAUGUGUGUGUGUAAAAAAAAGGUGUGACUUCAUGAAAGGCUGAUAUGGUAACGCAAUAAAAUGCAGAGUUUUCAAUGGAUUUUCAAGUUGGAAAAUUAAUAUUCACUUUGUUUAUUUAUUGAAUUAAUUUAUUUAUAAUUUUAUAAUAAUAAUUACUGUUUUAUUAUUUAAUGAUAAUAUUAAAAAUUAAUAUUAUUUGUUAAAUUAUGAAAAAUGGAAAUAUUUUCAAAAAAAAAAAAAAAAAAAAAAUAUGUAACAUAAAAAAUUAUUGAAACACAAAUAUUUUGAGGAAAAAUAAUGGCAUUUUAUUGCGUUGACUACUGCUGACAGACACUAACAAAAUAUUAAAUGCCUCGAAAUUAAUAUUUUUACUUUUUAAAUAAUUCAUUUUAUAAAAAUGAAUGAUAACAUUACUCUCGUACAUAUACAUUGCAUGUCUACACACAAUAUUAGGAAGCAUUUAUUUUUUAUUUAUAUGUAUUUUGAAGAAACUUUUUAAAAUAAACUCUCUACAAUACUGUA